GUCAACAAAGACCAAGUCGACAUUUGAAAAAAGAAUCUGUCGACCGAACCACUCAAAAUUUUGUAAGAACCUGAAAUUUCUUUUUUAAUCUUUUGUCAAACUAUCAAAAUAUAGGUGCAAUUUAAGUGAGUAGAAAAAAUCAUGCCCAUUCAGUUUGAAUUUAAAUCGAAAAGCGCGCCGGUCAGCUGUGCGAUGCAUCCCACGCGCAUCCGACAGGGGUCGAUCCGUGGCGCCGCCGUCAGAACAGCUGUCCUAUGUUUGUUUUCUCCAUUGCUGCUGCAGCGCAGCCCAUUGGCGUGGGCAUAGGCUGCAUCCACGUAUUAUCAUCAGUAUACAUAUGUGCGAUUGCGAGCAAGAGGUUAGAUACGCUGCACUAGCUGUUUUUUCCUGCCCGAGGCUCGAAUCCGCACAAAUGGAGCAUUCCGGAGUCGAAAUCACGGUGCAGUAACAGACCCCCCAGAUCAGCAGCAGUUCUCGCGGAGGAUGGUGCGAGUCCGCCGGUACAAGAUCCGCGGCGGCGGCGGCUGGGGAGUCUUCCCGCUGGACCGCUGGGACGUGCAGGAGGUGAUAAGCUUCCUGCAGAAGGACUCGCGCAACACCGAGCUGAUCAACCGCAUAUUCCAGAAGGCCAUAAAGAACAAGGACUUCCUCAUGAUACAGACGCUGCUGUGGAACCGAGUGAAGAUCGAGGCCCUGAACGACUCGAACCAGACGGCCAUACACCUGGCGGCGGCCUACGACUACCCGACGAUAAUCGAUCGGCUCUUCCGGCACUGCAACAACGACGUCAACCACACGGACGUGAACGGCUUCACCCACUUCCACAUCGCCUGCAUCAGCGGCAAGACCGACAUCGUCGAGCGCUUCCUCAAGAACGGCGUCGACGUCAACCUGCGCUUCCGCGCCCCCACCCACGACGAGCGCAACGACUUCACGCCCCUGCACUUCGCCGUGAAGAACGCCCGGCUAGAGGUGGCCGAGCUGCUGCUGAAGCGGCAGGCCGACGCCAACGCCAAGGACUACGCGGGCAGGACGCCGCUGCACCACGCCUGCGCCCUCCAGGCCGAGCCGAGCGACGGCCAGGAGCGGACGGUCGAGAUCGUCAGGCUGCUGAUCGGGCACGGUGGCGACGUCAACGUCAAGGACCACGACGGGGACACCCCGCUCUGCCGACUCUUUCACGGCGGCUCGGCCAGCCACGCGGAGAAGCGGCUGCCGAAACACCCGGUGGACUUGCACGCCUCCGACGGCGUCCUCUGCAAGACCAAGCGCAAGUCCAUUCACCAGCUGAGAACGAGGCAGGUGCAGAAGUUGAGGCUGCUGCUGGAGAGCGGCGCCGAAGCUGAUGCUCGCGUCGGCCGACGCGGGGACACGCUUCUGCACAGGGCCAUCGGCGACUUGAAAGCCUCGAGGGGUUUCGCCGAGUUCGGCCUGCUGUGCUUCGAGGACGCUCUGCACGCGGAGAUGGUCGAAGUGAUUCUGAAGCACGCCGCGAUUGACGUUGACGCGAAGAACGACGAGGGCGAGACUGCGCUGAGCAUCGCCGCGUCGCUGCUCAGCGCCGACGUCGUCGCGGUUCUUCUGGAGCACAGUGCGGACGCGCAAGGCAUCAAGUUCGACGCUUUUCACCAUCCGAAGACUCUGCCCUGCCUGGAAGCCGUGGAGAACCUGCUGGAGAUCGUGGCGAUGCGGGAGAGCCGAGGACGCCACUUGAGCCAGAGCGAGAACCUGAAGAUAAUCGAGUUCUUCGUUGCCAACAACGAGGGCUGCGGGUACGCAAAUUUGGAGGACGAAAACGGCUCCUACAAGCUGCGAAAUCUCCUCGAGUUCGGCACGGACGACAACGUGAUCGGCUCGCUGGACAAGAUCUCGAAACACAAGCGAUGCCCGAAGGGCAUGCUCAGCUAUCACGUCAGCAGGUACCUCCUCAAACUGCGGAGCAUCGGCUUGCCUCUGAGCCGACCAGUCGAGGACUACCUGCGUGAAAAGAUGCCGAGCGAGUCGUCCGAAAUUUCCGAUCGGCAUCUGAAGGAGUGCGAGGCCGAGGCCGACAAGCUCAAGUCCCUCAAGUUGAAGAGCAACAAAUCUCUGACCGAUCUCCUGACUGCAUCGCCCGUCGAGUUGUACUCGUUCCUCAAAACCGGCGAACACAAGCAGACCUUCAACGGCCUCGACUUUCCCCACUACUCCGGUGUCAUACAGGGAUACUUCGCCAAGUGCUUGACGAGAAGGUUCCUCCUGAAGGCCGCGAACGAUUACGUGAGGUGCGUGACCGCGACCCCUCUCCCCGAUCCCUGCUGCGAGAGGAUCUCGACUUAUCUAAGCAACGAGGAGCUGCUGCACCUGUGCUCGGCCAUCGCAGCGCCAAGGGCUGAAUCCGCAGCGAGCAACGAAUCGACGAAAGCGGAGACGGUCUAGUCGUGCAUGCUGUGUUAUUUAAAUACAUGGUACUUUACUUGCGUUACGGGUAUAAGGACUGUAACCAAUUAAGAACUUUUAGAGGUAAUAUUUUUAUAACCUACUGUCUUUUCAACGAGGAGCAGGAGGGAGCGCGCAACGCAGCUGAAAUUUUGCGUUAUCUUGUUGAUAACGUCUCGUAAAUGACGUGAAUAGCAUCAGACGAGAAAUUUCCCCAGCGAUUUUGCACCGUUGUUUCUAAUGGAAUUGACCGAAUGAAUAUUUGAAUGGCUAACUUUUUGACUGGAUUUGCGUCUUCGUUUCUUCCGUACAUCGGCGAUGCUCAUUGUUCUAUGUCUAAAACUAUAAGGCGCCUCAAAAUGUGUGAUAUAGUCCACCCUAGAGUUGAAAUUGUCCGAACCAUAGCGAGUGUGCGAGUUAAAAUUUGAGCAACUUGUAUGAUUUUUAACGAUUUUCGUUUUUAUUAGUAAAAAUUGAAACAUUAAAAAAUAAACACAUAAGACUUAUAAUUUAUAGGAGUUUUUUUAAUAAAAAGUAUCGAUCAAAACCCGAAAAAAGUGUAGAAGUAGGUGUGAAGCAUGUUCUAUCGUAGAAUUGAUAUUUGCGUGUGCAAGCUGGCGUGUGAAAUUUUAGUUAGUUAUAAAACUUGCAUUUUCUAGCUCGACUAACAUAAGAGCAGCUUAUACAUCUAAUGCUUCAAUUCGAUAUUAAUAGCAACGAAUCUUUUAUAUCAGUGAUCUUUUGUAUUACUUUUUUGUAAUGAUUUUUUAAUAAAAGUUUUAAUAAAACCCAAAAAUAAA